ACCACGGAGGGGUCGGUGGAGCAGCGGGCCAAGGGCCGGGCCCCCAUGAAGGAGAAGGAGGCGGGGGCGGAGCGGGGCAAGCCCGCCACUUACACCGGGGACAAGAAGGCGCGCAUGGCGGCCAAGACCAACAAGAAGUGGGUGCGCCUGGCCACCGUGCUGGCCUACGUCCUCUCCGUCUCGCUGGCCGCCAUCGUCCUCGCCGUCUACUACAGCCUCAUCUGGCAGCCGGUGCGCGGCGGCGGCGGCCCCGGCCCCGCCGCCGCCGCCGCCACCUCGCAGCCCCGCGCCGCGCUGCCGCCG